GGCAUCAUUUUAAGUAGUGAAGGUGCUUCGUUGGUCAGGCGCGUGCGUUCGUGAGCUUUUCACGGUCGGGGUUCGACGUCGCCUCUGAAUCGAGGGCUUUUAGAAGGGACACGGGUGUAUGCACAGGUCUGAUAGGGGAAAGGGAAUAGCAACUGAGUCGAUGCGAAACUCCCAGAAGUAACACGCUUAGGUAUCGUCACUGGAUAUCACCUGUUUUUCUCGAAAAAAAAGAAAAGCGGCUGCUUUCUCAGGGAAGUUUUCAUAGUUUUCAUUUUCCAACCUUUUUCGAAGAACGUUCGAUAUCGACAAAGAACGACGACAUUCAACCCUCGGUGGUGAAUUCACAUCCUUAGUUCUAAAUUUAAACACGCCACGUUAUCCCCUCAAGUGAUUGGCGCUAGGUUGGCUGCGCGACUCAUCGCGGCGCGGUGCCGACUACGCGAGUCAGUCGACGUUCCGCCGGCGAGCAGUGCGGACGCCAGUUGAAAAAUCCCUCAUUUACUGACACGAGUUAUCAUAUUAUCGCUGGCGCGUCCGUGAUCCGAGCCACCGGUGCGAGGGUAGCAAGGCCCCGCAGACAAGGCGUCACGUCCAUCAACACGCUCUCUUUAUUGAUCGGAUUUGACCUGCAAACAUUUACUCUCCUCUAAAGCUUUUUUGUAGAUCGUGUGCCGUAGUAGUGGGCCGCUUGAUAUUUUUACUUUUCCGGUUAGUGGUUAAUAUCCACUGUGGUAGUUUCCGGAAAUGGCUGCCCCAGCAGCUUGCACGCGGUUUAGUGACAACUACGAUCUUAAGGAGGAACUUGGCAAAGGUGCUUUCUCCGUUGUUCGACGAUGCGUUCAAAAAAGUUCAGGACUCGAAUUUGCGGCGAAAAUUAUUAAUACAAAAAAACUCUCCGCGCGAGGUAAGUCUCUUCUUUUCUUUUGCCUUAAACUCUUAUUCCCUUUUAUCAAGCAAUCCUUCUUUGAUCUAUUAUCCUCUCUGUAAUGUUACAAAUUAAAUUCUCAGUCAAUUGAGUAUCAUCUCGUUAUGAAGUUUCCUCAAAGAAUGGCGAAACUAGUUCAAAAAGUUUGAUUAAAUUUUAACUUAGAAAAUUCUCUUAAUAAAGGAACACUGAUUAUGUUGUACAGUAACACUAAAAUGCUUUGAAAGUUUUUGAUAAUUGAUUAUCUGUGACGGAAUAAUUUUUAAGAAACGUAAAUUCAAGAAAGAUAUUGUUGAUAUCUGUCGAUGUUUUGGCAUCGAAAGUAAGUACUGUUGUCACUUUGCCAACAUUCCGUCAGGUUCGUCACUUGCCACUAGUGUAGAAUCAUUGGCCUGGAAGAUAUGCCUUCUCGUCUUCCUCUGCCUUUCGAAAUUCAACUACGUAGACAAAUUUCUUGAAUUCUUCUCCUAGUGUUACAAGUCCAUGUAGAAUUUUACUUUGAAAUCGGUCACCAAAAAAAUACUCCUCAAUUUUUGUUUAUUAAAUUCCUUAGUGUGUCAUUUUAGUUUGUCAUUUUCGUAACUGUAUUUAUAGAGAAGAUAACCUUAAAUAGAUAAAAUUUUGAAUAUUUUAAAGCGAGCAUUUGACUGAAAUAAUUUAAUAUAGAUGUGUGUUUGCGCAUGAUGAGUUAAUGCAAACGAUUUAACAUAUAUUCAUAUAUGAGCGAAGAGAUAAUUCUCUAAAGCUGACCACCUGACUUUAGCGAUAGAGGUUCAGUGAAGAGGAAGUGCGUGCGGUGUAGAUGCUCUACUCCAGUUUCUCGCCUAUUUCGAAUAGCAUAAACUGAUCUAUGAACUAUUAGAUAUUGUAAGCUUGAAGUUAUGUAUUUCUGGAAACUAAACCUACGCUGUUUAACACUGGCUAUGCACACUAUAAUAAUAGAUUCAUCUAGUAACUACGAGUAGGCUUAUGACUCAUGACGAUAGACAUACUUGAGCGUAUGUAUUAAUUGCCUGUCAUUCUAAUCCCUUAGGGUUGAUUUUAGCCUCUAUCAAUAUGAUACUAACGGUAAGUGUUUAAGGAUACGGCUGUAUACAAAAUAACUCAAACAAUUAUCAUUCCUCCAUUUUCUAAUGAUCCUCGGAUUAGGUCAAACAAAGCUGGUUACAUUUUUGUAAUUCUUUUCCACUUGGUAAUGCUACUAAAAAUCCCUGAAUUUUCUAGAUAGUCGACAAUUGUUCCAGUCAUCAUUUUGUAACAGUAAUUUGAUUGAUGAAAAUUAUGCAUGAACUGUUCUGUGUAACUUCAUUCAAUGAAAAAUAAUAAUCUAAGGCGGAAAUCCGCGAUGGAUGCGACUCUUGUUCUGGUCGACCCACUAAAAACCACUCCCGUCUUUAACAGGAAUUACCUUUCGGCUUUAAACUUCGCAGAUGAUGGUCCCUUCUCGUCGCUUACGCGAUGCUACCGUACCACUCUUGUUAUGGCUUUACUUAUUCUUAAUUCUUACCUGUGUUUUCUUAGCCUCCUUUAUGACAUUUAUGACUUGACAUUCUCAACUGAUAGCUACGUGAUUUACACUUGCGUUUUCUUCAAACUUUUCCUCAUAUGGAAAACAGCUUGAACCCCUUUUACAGUUCGCAAACUUAUGAUCAACUUCUCCGCACUUGAAGCACGCAGUCAAUCUGUUUGCCGCCUUACAAACAGAUCCUAUGUGGCUAUAUCCAAGACAACGAUGGCAUUGUACAUAAAUUCCAUCUUUAUGCGCCCCAGUUUCUUCAGGUAGUACUACACUUUAGAA